GGUAAUUUCUUGGCUUUCCGCAUUAGCUGCCGCCCGGAGUCAUCGCCAGGCGGUGUGCGUGAGCCAUGUUCAGGCAGAUAUUAUGGGUAGACUGUCUCGGACUUCGAGUCUCGCGGAAAGCGAGAUCCUCUUUGAUCGUCGGCUGACGCUCCCCUCAAACGCGACGAACAAGUCUGACACCGUCUAAAGCUUGCUAGUAGAAAGUAUGCCCCCCACUGCUUGUCUGGCUUUGGCGUUGUUGCACGUAUGACUCGAGUUCACAGGACGUCAGUCGCAGGAGCGCCACCAAUUGGGCCACAGUUUGUGAUAGACAGUACAUCACAAGGCGGCCAUCGUCACAGCUAUAGUGCCACCACAGAUCUAGGAGUCAAGAAGAGCCGCUACACAUCUCCGGCCCAGGUCGACAACCGGCUCGACAAGUUCAGAAGCCUGCUGACCCGGGCCAAUCAAAAGUUUCGAAGCUUCCAGCCCGAGCAUCACCACUUCGGCUCGGGAGAGAACCUCUUCAAUUCCGUGGAGGCCAGCAGCAUCGCCACGCUCGAGGGAUGUGACAGGGCCACCCGCCGUCAAAUCGGACGGGAGGCCUUUGGUACCGUCAGUGUUGUCAAACGAGCUGCGUGGCACCGAGAUCGGGACACGAAAGACGCCCCUCUACUCUCAACGGAGACCCUACCACAAGUCACACCAAGUCCGAGUCUCGACUCAUCGAAGAAUGAAGAUCGCGGAUUAGGCUUAGAGAAAGACAGCGCGGACGCCAAUCUCGAGAAGCACGAACUGGUUGCGGUCAAGCAGUUUCGCCGGCGUCCUGGCAAGUCUCUGGAGUUAUACCGGCAGAACGUUAUACGCGAGUUUGAAUUGGCAACAAAGCUACGGCAUCCAAACAUAGUCUGCACCUGGGAACUCAUUGAAAUCAACAGCGCAGACUCUGAUGAAAAUGAUGGGAAUCUCGGCGUCGUCAUGGAGUACUGCGAAGCCGGGGACCUGUACCAGCUGAUGCGGUCGAGGGCGCCAGAUAUGCUGUGCAUGGCUGAGGCCGAUUGCCUGUUCAAACAGCUCAUGCUGGGGGUCGAAUAUCUCCACGUCUCUGCUGGGGUUGCACAUUGUGAUAUCAAGCCCGAGAACCUGCUCAUUACGUAUGAUGGACGUCUCAAGAUUGCUGAUUUUGGCUGUAGCCAGCAUUGUCGGCGAGAUGACCAGCCUAGUGUACUAGGUAGUAGUGGCGCGAGCAGUGCUGGUCCCGGCCGGAACGGCCUCGUAUCUGGCGCUAGAGGCUCAGAGUAUUAUAAAGCCCCUGAACAGCACGUUCAAGACCAGUUUAAUGGUCCGGCUGCCGACAUCUGGGCUUGUGGAGUUACGUACUUGGUGAUGCGGGUGGGAAGGCGGCUCUGGCCAACUGCCAGGAUGGACGAUCAAUAUUAUGCCAUGUACAUAAAAUGCCGCCAGGAGGCAGCAGGAUAUCCGCCUAUAGAGGUGUUGGAGUUACAGGACUGCCGGAACAUAAUCUACUGUAUGCUCGAUCCUGUAGCAAAACGGCGGAUCACAAUAUCACAAGCCCUGAAGACGGACUGGGCUCGUGCAAUCCAGGUCUGCAAUACACCCGGUAAAGGCAGCACCCCGGGCUGAGAAAUCUGCGCACUGGGAAUCGGCGCUCGUCUCAAGUUCACAGACCGAGCUCGAGGUGCUCAGUCUGGGCGACGGGGCAUCAAUGUGCCGUGCGACUCCUUCAACAUCCAUACCUGCAACUAAGAGCCCGAGGAUUUAUUUCUCCUGGCUCAGCGAGGUAUUCAAGUUCACGCUAAACCACGGAAGUCGAGAGUACGGCCAAGCAGGUCGGAGAGAGGAAUUUGAUAGCCGAGUGAAUGGGGAUGGGAUUCCAUUGAAACACAUAAAGAGC